AGUAGGAAUCAACGGUCAGCAUGAUACGCAACUUGUUAAUCCAGUAGGCUGCUUAGUAGAUUAUAAUUAUUGACGCUCAUGGCUGAGAUUCUAGGCCAUUUUGUCGUUAUAUCAGUCAGUUUUCUUUUCUUUUAAUUUAUCUAAACGUUCACAGUUCCAGAGAGAUCGAUUCUUCCAUUAAUGGGGUAGGAACUAGUAACUGAAGCUCGUCUUUGAAGUGAAUUCUUGUUCUUAGCGACAAACAUUCCCUUUUGUUUUGUAUACUGCGUUAGUCUACUAUCAGUCAUGGAAGUGGGUUUGCAGGUGCACAGACCACUCAGUUGCAGAGCUGUCUUUCACGAGAGAACCCUCUUCAAGAUCAAGCCUUUUCUUGGGUCUUUCCCUCAUGUUAAAACUUCCCAUUUUUCAAGUCUUGCUUCAUGCGACAAGAAGUACCCUGCACGUGGGGUUUCAUUUUACGUUGUUGCUAGUGCGGACUUUUCUGAGAGGAGACAGAGAAAAACUUCAACUGCAAACUCUAAAGGACUUACUCCUAAAGGUUUCACAAGAACAAGCACCCAGAAGAGAGAUUCAGAGAACAAUGAAGAUAAGGAGGGUUCAGUUACUCUAACAUCUAGUGAGAUUGUGGAUCACAACAAGAAAGCAAUUGAACUUAAAGCUGAUGUAGAUGAAGAAAAGGCAAUUGAACUUAUUAAGGAUAAGAAAUUUAACAAAGAUAAGAAAGCAGAAGAAGCAUUAUCAAUUAGCAAAACGGUGUCUGUUGCCAAAAGCAAUCAAGGUAUGGAAAAUGGACGUGCUGGUAGUGUAGAGGAUAAGACUGUGCCAGUUGAUGAAAUUAUUAUAGAGGAAAAGCAGUUUGGCAACUUAAAGAGUGAUAGCACUGUAAAAGAAGAAAGUACUGGGACUGAUGAAAAAACAACUGAAGAUGAAGAAUCUUCUCUAAAAUUAAGGUUGAAAAUGGAAGAAAACUUUCGGAAACAAGAAAUUGAGGGGCUUGCUGAGGAUAAUUUCUCAAGGGGUAACAAAUUGUUUGUUUAUCCCCAGUUGGUGAAACCUGAUCAAGAUAUAGAAGUAUACCUUAAUAGGAGUCUAUCCACUCUGAAUAAUGAGCCAGAUGUUUUCAUUAUGGGAGCCUUCAAUGACUGGAGAUGGAAAUCUUUUACCGUAAGGUUGAACAAGACUCAUUUGAAAGGGGAUUGGUGGUCUUGCCAGGUUCAUGUUCCGAAAGAAGCGUACAAGAUGGAUUUUGUUUUCUUUAAUGGGAAAAAUGCAUAUGACAAUAAUGACAGAAAGGAUUUUUGCAUACCUGUAGAAGGUGGAAUGGAUGCAUAUGCAUUUGAUGAUUUCUUGCUUGAGGAAAAACGUAGGGAGCAAGAGAAACUUGCAAGGGAGCAAGCUGAGAGGGAAAGACAAGCAGAAGAACAGAGGCAAAGAGAAGAAGAGAAGGCUGCAAGCGAAGCUGAUAAAGCCCAGGCAAAGGUGGAAACUGAAAAGAGGCGAGAAAUAUUGCACCAUUUGAUGAAAAAUGUUGCAAGAUCUGUUGAUAAUGUUUGGUAUAUUGAGCCUAGUGAGUUUAGCGGUGAUGACUUGGUCCGGCUAUAUUAUAACAAAAGCUCAGGUCCUCUCGCUCAUGCUAAUGACCUUUGGAUUCAUGGGGGAUAUAAUAAUUGGAAUGAUGGAUUGGUCAUUGCGGAAAAGCUUGCUAAAUCGGAGAGAAAGGAUGGUGACUGGUGGUAUGGUAAUGUUGUUGUACCGGAUCGAGCCCUUGUUUUGGAUUGGGUCUUUGCUGAUGGUCCACCUCAGAGUGCAAUUGUAUAUGAUAACAAUCAUUACCAAGAUUUCCAUGCAAUUGUCCCAAAGUCCAUUCCUGAAGAAUUGUUUUGGGUUGAGGAAGAACACCAGAUAUAUAGGAAACUGCAGGAGGAGAGGCGGUUAAGAGAGGAGGCUAUGCGUGCCAAGGAGGAAAGAACAGCACGUAUGAAAGCUGAAAGAAAGGAAAGAACUUUGGAAAGGUUUCUGCUGUCUCAAAAGCACAUAGUCUAUACUGACCCUCUUGGUGUUCAGGCUGGAAGCGCUGUGAAAGUUUUUUAUAAUCCUGCUAACACAGUUCUGAAUGGUAAAUCUGAAGUUUGGAUCAGAUGUUCAUUUAACCGUUGGACACACCGCAAAGGCCCAUUGCCGCCUCAGAAGAUGUUGGCAGCAGAUAAUGGUUCUCAUGUCAAAGCCACUGUCAAGGUUCCAUUAGAUGCAUACAUGAUGGAUUUUGUAUUCUCGGAGAGAGAAGACGGUGGAAUUUUUGACAAUAGAGAUGGCAUGGAUUACCACGUACCUGUAUUUGGAGGAAUUGUGAAGGAGCCACCAAUGCACAUUGUGCAUGUUGCUGUUGAAAUGGCCCCAAUUGCGAAGGUUGGAGGACUUGGAGAUGUUGUGACUAGUCUCUCCCGUGCUGUACAAGAUUUAAAUCACAGUGUGGACGUCAUUCUUCCAAAGUAUGACUGUUUGAACCUUAGCCAUGUAAAGGACUUUCAUUAUCAGAAAAGCUAUUCCUGGGGUGGAACGGAAAUAAAAGUGUGGUUUGGAAAGGUGGAAGGCCUUUCUGUCUACUUUUUGGAGCCUCUGAAUGGGAUGUUUUCGACUGGUUGCAUAUAUGGCUGCCGGAAUGACGGGGAGAGGUUCGGUUUCUUUUGUCAUGCAGCUCUUGAGUUUUUACUACAAAAUGGAUUCCAUCCUGAUAUUAUCCAUUGUCAUGAUUGGUCUAGUGCUCCAGUUGCAUGGUUGUUUAAGGACCAUUAUAUGCACUAUGGCCUUAGUAAAGCUCGGGUUGUCUUCACAAUUCACAACCUUGAAUUUGGGGCAGGCAACAUUGGGAAAGCUAUGACAUAUUCUGACAAGUCUACAACUGUGUCCCCCACAUAUUCAAAGGAGGUUGCUGGAAAUCCUCCAAUUGCUCCUUAUCUCUACAAAUUCCAUGGAAUACUGAAUGGAAUUGAUCCAGACAUAUGGGAUCCUUAUAAUGACAAGUUCAUUCCUGUUUCCUACACAUCUGAGAAUGUUGUUGAAGGCAAAAGAGCAGCCAAGGAGGCGUUGCAGCAAAGGCUUGGUUUAAAGAAAGCUGAUCUCCCUUUAGUAGGGAUUAUCACUCGCCUAACACAUCAGAAAGGAAUCCAUCUCAUAAAGCAUGCAAUUUGGCAAACCUUAGAUCGCAAUGGACAGGUUGUAUUGCUUGGUUCAGCUCCAGAUCCUCGUAUCCAGAAUGAUUUUGUGAAUUUGGCCAAUCAAUUGCAUUCUUCUCAUAAUGACCGUGCUCGCCUUUGUUUGAAUUAUGAUGAGCCACUAUCACACUUGAUAUAUGCAGGUGCUGAUUUCAUUGUAGUCCCAUCAAUUUUUGAGCCAUGUGGACUGACCCAACUUACAGCUAUGAGAUACGGUUCGAUACCAGUUGUUCGAAAAACUGGAGGACUUUAUGACACUGUGUUUGAUGUUGACCAUGAUAAAGAGAGAGCACAAGCCCAAGGUCUUGAACCAAAUGGAUUUAAUUUUGAUGGAGCUGAUGCUACUGGCAUUGAUUAUGCACUAAAUAGGGCAAUUUCUGCUUGGUAUGAGGUUCGAGAGUGGUUUAACCCGUUAUGUAAAACUGUGAUGGAGCAAGACUGGUCUUGGAAUAAGCCUGCUCUUGAUUACAUGGAGCUUUACCAUGCUGCACGCAAGUGAAAAGAACAGGUCCUGGGAGUGUGAUAUGCAGCUCAAUUCCACACACCAUAUUCUAUACAGGUUCAGCGCAUUGAUUACUUGCACAUAAAUAGUCCACUCAAAAUAAAGCAAGGUAAUCUGGUGAUGCCAGUUUUAAAGCUUGAAAUGGCUCAUCCAUAUUUGUGUUUUAGUGCAGGAAAUGUACAUCACAGAAAAUUUUGAAUUGGUUACUGUACGAGGUUGAUGUGAUUUUUAUACCGGUCCCAGUUGUAAAUAAGUGUGAAUUGGUUAGUCACACUAGCAUUGGACAAAUGGGAUAGUUUUUCAAGGCUGAAAUGAGGGAUUGGUACCUGUUUAGCAAUAA